GGAGAGUCGUUCACUAGUCCCCCUACCCCCGGUCCAGUACAUCGGCGGCGAUCCCCGAUCCCUCUCCCCUUUCCCUCGGGAAUCCACGAUCAUCACUCAGCUGCCCCGCGGUCGGAGCGCCGCGAAUCGGAAAAGCUGGCACCCAGAACAACUACGCAACGCUUGAGCCUGAUCUCCAGACACCUGGACCAGCGCCUGCCGUUGCCUGAGCUUAACACUCCCUUCUCGUCCGAGAGAGACUCCCUGCCUUCCGACGACCUCGAUUAUAAACCCGUCGACCUCUCCAACUUUCCUCCCCCUCCCACAUCCCCCAUCAUGUCUGCCCAAGCCCCUCAUAACACUUUGCUCAUCCCGGGCCCCAUCGAGUUCGACGAUGCCGUGCUGCAGUCCAUGGCCCACUAUGCCGAGAGCCACGUCUCUCCCAGCUUCGCCAAGGUCUUCGGUGAGGCCAUUACCCUCGUGCGCAAGCUGUUCCAGUCGACCGACCCCGCCGCCCAGCCGUUCGUCAUCUCCGGCAGCGGCACCCUAGGCUGGGAUCUGGUAUCCGCCAACCUGAUCGAGAGGGGCGAUAACGCACUGGUGCUCAACAACGGCUACUUUGGCGAUUCGUUCGGCAACUGCCUGGAAACAUACGGUGCCCAAGUGACGCAGCUCAAGGCGGUUAUCGGCGAGCGACACUCCCUUGAACAGGUCGAGCAGGCCCUGAGGGCGAAGCCGUACAAAGUUAUCACCAUCACCCACGUCGACACCUCGACCGGCGUGCUGAGCGACAUCAAGGGCGUGACGCAGCUCGUCCGCCGGGUCAGCCCCGAGACUCUGGUGGUGGUGGACGGCGUGUGCAGCGUGGGUUCGGAGGAGAUCGCUUUCGACGAGUGGGAUCUGGACGCCGUGGUCACGGCCAGCCAGAAGGCCAUCGGCUGCCCGCCCGGUCUGAGCAUUGUGAUGUGCUCCGGCCGCGCGAUCCAGCGUUCCCAGUCGCGCAAGACCCCGCCGGGCUCGUACUACGCCUCGAUGGCCAACUGGCUGCCCAUCAUGAAGAACUACGAGGCCUUCAAGCCCUCGUACUUCGCCACCCCUCCCACCCAGCUGGUCCACGCCCUGCACACCACUCUCAGCCAGAUCACCGCCCGCCCCGUCUCCGAGCGCAUCGCUGUGCACGCCCGUGAGUCGGACCGCGUCAAGGCUGCCGUCGCCGAGUUGGGUCUCAAGCAGUUGGCGGCCAACCCGGACUCCCAGGCCCACGGCAUGACCGCCAUGUACCUGCCCGAGGGUCUGACGCCGCCGGACGUGCUGCCUGGUCUGCUGAAGCGCGGCGUGAUCUUCGCAGCCGGCCUGCACAAGGAGAUUGCCACCAAGUACAUCCGCUUUGGCCACAUGGGUGUCAGUGUGACUGACCCCAACCGCAAUGAUAUUGACCACGCGCUGGCGGCGCUGAAGGAGGCUCUCGCUGAGGCCAAGCAGGCGAAGGGCUUGUAA